UAGAUGGAGUCUCUUCAUCCUGAGUCUUAUUCAAAGUGGAACCGAUCCAACAAAGAGCCAGGGUUACAGCAAACAGCCAGAGGCCAACAGUGGAAUAUGCAAAGCCUCACAAAGAUAAACUCAUGUCAGCGCCCUGCUAGCUUGUCCCUCUGCUGUGACGUCACUGGCAGACUGAUGCGCAUGUUUCCAGCCCUGCAGCUCGAUCACAUCACAACCAACCGCAUCUGACAGCCUGCCAGGUUGGACGGCAAAACGCACGACUGAAGGGAGGCGACCACAUCCACCAGCCGGAGCACGUUCCCCCCCAGCGGCGGCCCUCCUCGUCCCACCGUCGCUAUGAUCGCUUAGAACGCACAGAUGAGCGCGUAACCACCGAGAGGCAGCGCAUCCUUUUCUUCUCUCUUUGCCACCAACUGGAUCUGUUGGACAUGAAUUCGGCGGAACAGACGGUUACGUGGUUGAUCACGCUGGGCGUGCUGGAGUCGCCCAAGAAAACCAUUUCGGAUCCAGAGGCGUUUCUGCAGAGCUCCCUGAAGGAUGGGGUGGUCUUGUGCCGGCUGCUGGAGCGGCUCAGCCCCGGCUCCACGGAGAAAAUCUACCAGGAGCCGAGGAACGACGGCGAGUGCCUCAGCAACAUAAAGGAGUUCCUCAAGGGCUGCACAUCGUUCCGCGUCGAGACGUUUGAGGCCAGUGAUCUGUUGCUGGGACUGAACUUCUCAAAGGUUCUCAGCAGUCUGGUGUCUCUAAAUAAAGCCACUGCAGAUAUCGGCGUGGGCAGUGAUUCCGUGUGUGCCCGGCACUCCUCAGCCCACCGCAUCAAGUCUUUCGAGUCUCUGUCCUCUCAGGCGUCACUGGGUCGGUCCUCCAAGCUGCUGCAGAAUCAGUUCCGCAGUUUGGACAUGUCAGAGAACAGUGGACAGCAGCUGCUGGUAAAAGCACGAUUCAACUUCCAGCAGACCAAUGAGGACGAGCUCACCUUCUCCAAGGGUGACAUCAUCACCGUGAGCCGCCAGGAGGACGGCGGCUGGUGGGAGGGGACUCUGAACGGCCGGACUGGCUGGUUUCCCAGCAACUAUGUCCGGGAAGUCAAGGGCUCUGUGUCCCCAAAAUCCGGUACUCUCAAAAGUCCACCCAAAGGCUUCGACACCUCUGCUAUCAGCAAGACAUAUUAUAACUUGGUGUUGCAGAACAUUCUAGAAACAGAGACGGAAUACUCCAAAGAUCUUCAGAGCCUGCUGACCAACUACCUGCGACCUCUGCAGAGCAUCGACAAAUUGUGUAGCGCUGAUGUGUCUCUGAUUCUGGGUAACCUGGAGGAGAUCAGCACCUUCCAGCAGAUGCUGGUCCAGUCGCUGGAGGAAUGCACCAAGUUACCAGAGAGUCAGCAGAGGGUCGGCGGCUUCUUCCUUAACCUCAUGCCACAGAUGGUGGCCUUGUAUGUUGGCUACUGCUCCAACCAUCCGUGCGCCGUGAAUGUGCUCACUCAGCACAGUGAUGUUUUAGGGGUGUUCAUGGAGGGCCGGGGUGCUGUCUCUCCUGGCAUCCUCACUCUGACCACAGGCCUCAGUAAACCCUUCAUGAGGCUGGACAAGUACCCCACUCUGCUCAAAGAGCUAGAGAGGCACAUGGAGGAGAGCCACUUGGACAGACCAGAUAUUCAGAAGUGCAUGGCCGCCUUCAAAAACCUUUCUAGCCAGUGUCAGGAGGUGCGAAAGCGUAAAGAGCUGGAGCUGCAGAUUCUGACCGAGUCCAUCCGUCUUUGGGAAGGUGACGACAUCAAGACACUGGGCACGGUGCUGUACAUGAGCCAGGUGGUGGUCCUGAGUCCUGGCGCAGAGGAGAAGAACGAGAGGUACCUCAUGCUCUUCCCUCACGUCCUCCUCAUGCUGUCAGCCAGUCCCAGAAUGAGCGGCUUCAUAUUCCAGGGAAAGUUGCCUCUGGCCGGCAUGUCGGUGAACAAACUGGAGGACUGUGAAGCUCAUAAAAACGCUUUUGAGCUCAGCGGAACGAUGUUUGACCGUCUUCAGGUGGCGUGUACAAACCAGCAGGACCUGCAAGACUGGGUGGAACACCUGACCCGACAGAUCAAACACACAGCUGCAACAGCCCCGAGCCACAAACCGCUCACUGUUCCCUGCCACACGCUCCCGUCACACCCACUCACACCAUCCCGACACGCAGAGGGACGAGCCAUGACUGUGGCACCCACCUACCACACCCUCCCUCACCCCUCCUCUCAUGGAACGUCUCACAGCACCAUGAUGUGGGGUCCCCUGGAGCCUCCCAACACUCCCAAACCCUGGAGCCUCAGCUGCCUGCGGCCUGCUCCUCCCCUCAGGCCGUCUGCAGCCCUCUGCUACAAGGAGGAUCUGAGCAAGAGCCCCAAGAGCGUGAAGAAACUGCUUCCCAAACGAAAGCCUGAGCGGAAGCAGUCUGAGGAGGAAUUUGCUCUGAGGAAAAGCACAGCAGCUCUGGAAGAAGACGCUCAGAUCCUGAAGGUCAUCGAGGCCUACUGCACCAGUGCCAAGACCAGGCAGACCCUUAACUCCACCUGGCAGGGCACUGACUUGAUGCACAACCACGUUCUGGCUGACGUGGACCGGUCCUGCACGGACUCGACAGGUCGGCGCAGCAGCGUGUCGCGGCCCGAGUUGUCCUCUGAUCUCUCGGAGGACUCUGACUAUGACUCCAUUUGGACUACCCACUCUUACCGGAUGGGUUCAGUUCCUCGCAAGAGCUGCAUCUCCCACCAGAACUAAAGAACGUACAGUACUGCCACGCUGUGCGCUAACGUAACGUACAGCACGUUUACCUCUUUUACCUUCAAUGUAUUCAAAGAAACUAGAUUUUUUUAUUUAUCUAUUUAUUUUAUAUUUGUCAAUUUUUCUUAAUUUAUUUAUUUAUUUUAGAGGAUGUUGAAUGCAUCUCCCUGUUGCCUUUGCCACUUUCCCUUCUAUGUGCCUCCUCCUGUUCUGUAGUAGUCAUGCAGUAAAUGUUAUUUAAUUCCUGUUAAUUUAUCUUGAAUGUGACCACUCCCCCUUUUUGACCAUGAAUUCGGGGAACUCUCUGAGGAGAGCAGAGUUAUGUGGAAGACUGGACUUCUGCUGUCUGAUAUUCAGAUGUGAUUCAUGAACGGGUGUCUUCUCUAGAGCGUGUUCCACUUCCUCUCCACAUUUAAGAAUAUUUAUGCUCAACAGAACAAAGCACAGCACCCAGACUUGAGAACGCACACAUUCAGGAUGAUACGCUACUGCUGCCAGAUUCUAUCGCCGCCAAUCAAAGUCUUACUAUUUUCAUAUUUUUGUUCCCCCUAAUCAGAACUGAACCCAUGAAGUUAUGCAACAGGAACACAAGCGAGCUGAACACCACUCUUAUUUAUUAGCAAAUUAAUAAUUACAUUUCGAGAACCUGUUUUUUUGAAGGCUUUCUCUGAACAUACCUGUUAACUUAUUUCCAGACCAACAUUCCCUACUAUAGAGUAAUAUAUUUAAUGCCUUUAAGUAUUCAUAUUCUCUUCCAAUGACCAUGUGCCAGACGUUGGAACCUCUUCAUGUAGAACCAAAAACACACUUAACUCAAGCUCUUUGGCACAACUUUCAUUCAGCAAUUCAGGUGUUUCUCCAAUGUCACUUUCAAAUAAAAAAUCUAAGUUUUCCUUUAUUCGUUUAUUCAUUUUCUUCCUCCUCACAUGGUUGCAGGGAGCCUGUCCCAGCUACCCUAAGUAGCUGGGACACAAAUGGAUGAUGCAUUUCUUCUUAUAUUGCAGCAGCAAGGUUAAAAUGUAGUCGUCAGUUUGAGAGUACUUCAUACAUUUGAAAAUCUGACUGUUUCAUCAGCCUCUGUUCAGAUUGACUUCUAGGUCCGGGUUAGUUAGAAAGCCAUGCAUUUGAGAAUUGAGCUAGUCCUUUGUCAGCAAUUCAUCAAUGAGUUCACAAGGUCACGGAUCUAAGUGCAGCCAUAGGAAAUGCUUGAGAGACUGGACUGCUGUGAAGUGCCCUUUACAUUUGAGAACUGAGCCAUCCAUUUGUGAGUGCCUCAUACAUUUGAGGCUCCAGCCACAGAUAUCAUGAGUCAUACAGUAACGUAGAGUAACCAACAACCAAGAAUUAAGGCACUUAUUUGGAUUUGUGAAUCCGGUGUUGUGUUGGUGAUACAGUUAUGCAAAGUGUGUUAUUUUGCUUUGCUUAUCUGUCGACAAAUCGUUAUGACAUUCCAUCAGGAAACACAAGGUCACCCCCAUUACUUGCUAACCUCAUUCUUCUUUAUGGCUCUUGAACAUCUAACAACCCAGGCAGGUUCUAGCGCUAUAAUUUAUUGCUAUUUUCAUGCAGAAGUAUUUUUCCACAUCAGCAACACAGAAGAGCUUGUUUGGAAAUAGAUUGUCCAUUUAACUGUUUGAGUCUCUGAUUAUCUGUUUACAAAAAGUGAUCUUUUCUUCUCUUAAACGUAUUGUAACUUAUGACGGCAGAAGUGAAAAAACGGAGUGUACAGUAUAAACUAUGUUGCACAACCUUGUAACAGAUCUGUGAGCAGGCGGGUUGGGAGUUGGAUCCAGUAAAGUUCUGGACUUAAAUGCCGUCUACCAUGACGUGUGUAUAUCGGCAGACGUUAGUACUCAGUGUCACUGUAAAGAAAAUUGUGGUGUAAAUUUUUACCUUCAGUGUUCUGGAAGGCUAAAAAAAACGACUAAAAAAUGCUGUAUAGAUGAAAACAUGAAGAGCACAUUGUUCCUGUAUAUACAAACAUUCAUGAGCCUAAGGUAAGAUUUAUGGAGUAUCAUGUGGUGGACUGUGUCAGGUGUGUUUUUGGACAGGCAGAGUGACUGCUCUUAUUGACCAAUGUCGGUGUGCUCUGAUGCUAAUCUCCCGUCUCACAUGUGACCAUGUCCUCUCUGCUAUCUUCAGUGUAUGUGUACCACAACCUCUGACGUGUUCCAACCCCAAACGCUGUAUGAGUUUUGAAUAAAUCUGGUCAUUUGCUACCCUGCUGUGCUGGCGUGUUAUUUCCACCC